AUGCGUGGUGCCGCCAACCAAGCUGCGCCAGUGGAGUCAGCCACGACCGCCACGUCAGCCGCGGGACCCACGUCAGCUCCGGAGAAAGCGGCGCAGGAGAAGGCCGCAGCGAGCGUGCCUAGUCUGCAUGACAUCUCGGAUCACAGCAGCGAGGAGGGCGAUAACGACAGGGAGGAGAAGGGUGGGAAGACGACGGGUGCUGCUGCGGACGGGGAGAAGGACGAGCAGGGAGAGAAGGAACGGGCGAACGGGGAAAUCCGUAAUGGCAACAGCACUGGCAGCGCUGGUGCUGCUAGUGCUGCUGCUGCUGCUGCUGCUGCUGCUGUUGCUGCUGCGAAGGAGAAUGGGAGUGGCGGUGAUGGUAACGAUGCUGCAAAGCCUGGGCUGCUCGCUGCGUGGCGGCAGAAGGCGGAGCGACUGUUUCCUGGGCUGCUCGGCAAGACCAAGACCACUCCCGAAGACCCUGCUGCCGCAGCCACUGCUGGCACUGCUGCUGGCACUGCUGCUGCCGCCACUGUUGGUGCUGGGACUGCUGCUGCUGCUGGCACUGCUGCUGCCGCCACUGUUGGUGCUGGCGCUGCUGCCGGUGCUGGCGCUGCUGCCGGUGCUGGCGAUGCUGCUGCCGCCACUGUUGGUGCUGGCGCUGCUGCCGGUGCUGGCGAUGCUGGUGCCGCCACUGUUGGUGCUGGCGACGCUGCUGCCGCCACUGGCCCGGAUGGUGAGGGGGAGAACCGGGAGGGACGGGAUGGGGACGACGAGGGCUCGAGCACGGCGCUUGUGCCAGCAGCAGCAGCAGACGUGCCUGCUCUGCCUCAAGUCGUCGUUGAAGACCCUCCCCUGGUAAACCUCUCCCCUGGUAAGCCUCUCCCCUGGCGCCUCAAAGACUAUCCUUCUUCUCCCCUUCCUCCUGAGGCGCCUCAAAGACUAUCCUUCUUUUCCCCUUCCUCCUCGCCACUCCCCCUCCCCACUCUCUUCUUUUCUCUUCGCUCUAUCUGCCCCCGUGUUGUGCCACGUGGCAGCUACUGGGCGGUCUUCCAGGCGUUCUUCCUGCUCGGGUGGACGGCGUUCGGCGGCCCGUCCGCCCACAUCGCCAUGUACCACAAGCAGUUCGUGGAGCUGCGCGGGUGGAUGUCAGAAGACGUGUUCGCUGAACUACUAGCGCUAACUCAAGCAGUGCCGGGUCCAUCCAGCACGCAGAUGUCAUUCUCCAUCGGCAUCCUCCAGAAGGGCAUCACUGGCGGGUUGCUCUCGGGAGCAUUGUUCCAGUUUCCUGGAGCCCUCAUCAUGGCGAUAGCUGGCUUCGGCGUUGCAAAGUUCCUCAUUGACCCAGCGCCCUGGCUCUCUGCGCUCUCAGCUGGGCUGGCAGCAGUCGCAGUGGCGUUGGUGGCGGAGGCAGCAGUGGUGCUGGGGAAGAAGAUGUGUCGCAACAAAGUGACCAGGGUGCUGUGCGUGGCCUCUGCCGUGAUUACCUUUUACUACGCCACCCAGUGGAUCUUCCCCACCGUCAUCCUGCUCGGCGGUGCAGUGACCUAUUUCACGGAGCGCAACAAGCCCAUCCCGCCGCAGCGCAGCGACAUUCAGAGGCUGGGCGUGUCGCCGCUGGUGGGGGGAAUGCUGCUGUUCGCGUGGAUCGGCAUUCUGGUCUUUGCCAUCGUGUAUAAGAACGCCACUAGCUAUGAGAAAGCACCGUGGAUUCACUGGUUCGAGGGCUUUUACCUCACGGGUUCAGUGACGUACGGAGGAGGGCAGGUGGUGCUGCCGCUGCUGGAGAGUGUGGUGAUUAACUAUGAGACCGUGUGCCCGCCCAACGGUGGAAAGUGCAUUCAAGUGGAAGCCAACACAUCAUGGGUAACUUCCCAGCAGUUUCUUGCCGGACUCGCUCUUGCACAGGCCCUGCCUGGUCCGCUCUUCAACUUCUCUGCCUACAUCGGUGCCAUUGUGGGGGGGAUGGGCGGUGUGAUAGCGUGCUGGUUCGGCCUCUUCUCCCCCGGCAUCCUCAUCAUCUACGGGGUGCUGCCCUUCUGGGGCAAGUUCCGCAAGUGGAAGCUGUACAAGCGUGCAACACCGGGCUUCAACUCAACCGCAAUUGGUCUCAUCUGGGCGUCAGUGUUCUCCCUGGGCCUCAAGGUGUACAAAGUCAGCCCCUUCCCCAUGGCUUCACUCUGCAUUGCCAUGAUUGGAUACGCUGCUACCAAUUUCCUCAAGAUCCCUGCUCCGCUUGCCAUCGUAGCAACUGCCACGUGGCAGCGCGCCAUUGCUUCCGCCAAACAGCUUGAGGGAUUUGACGAGGACGAGUUUGACGACGCUGCGGACGAGGAGGAGACGGAAUUCGUCGCCCCUCAGCAUCCUCCGACGCGAUCCGUCACGCUCGAGCCGGAUCAGGGCACAAAAGCAACGGCUGGAUCUGAUCGAGAUCCCAAAUCAACGGACACCACCGCACCCGACGGACCAGAAUCCGCUGGCGGCAGCGGGGGUAGAUCGACAGGACAAGGGGCGGAUUGGGAUGACGAGGAGUUUGAAGGGGUGACGCCCGGUGCUGGCGCUGGUGCUGGUGAAUUUGGCGUUGGUGCUGGAGGAGCAGCGGCCGGGGGAAAGUCGUUUUUCGGCAAGCCUGGAUCCGCGCAGCAGCAGGCGCAAGCGCAGCAGAAGGCACGCGCGCGGAGAAUUUCGGUUCCGCGGAAGCCGUUCCACCCGCGGGAUUUCAUUGCGGAAGGGAUUUUCCUUGCGUUCCUCGUGAUUUUUGCGAUCAACUAUUUCAUCGGCAAAUGGCAGAACGAAAAGAUUGCGCUCUCUUUCGCGAAUCAGUUCGCGACGGAGGGUAAUCUGCUCGCGAAGAACUUCGCCCUGAUCGGCACUGGCGACACCAGCGAACCGAUCCUCGUUAAGGAAGGCCAGGCGACGUUCAAGUUGUACGCGAGCGGGCGAAGGUUCUGCGAAGCGAUGCUGGUUACCCUGAACCUGCGAAGUCGCCACGAUCUCGCGACGCUCGCAUGGGACGCGCUCCUUUCGUCAAAGAAAGAUCAAGUCGACGUGGACGUGUACAUGAACGAGGAAGACAUGGCUCCGUUUGUACUCGCUAUAGUGCCGCGCAAAUCCGCUAAGGCGUUUAUAAAAGAAAACGCGGAUCUUAAGGAGUUUGCGAGCAUGCUUGACGCGGAAGUGGUGCUCAAGGGAGGAGGCGGGAGCGGGAAGAACAAGUGGGCGGCAGACGAGUUGGCUAUUAUCGGGGAUAGCAGGGAAGCUGCGUAUGAGCUUCUGUCUGACGUCAUCAUCGAUCAGCUCUUUGGCGAGAAAUCUUUCCCAAAGAUAGCGCCUCUCUUCCGCGCUCUACACUUCACGGACCAGCAACCCACAGGCGCAGGGGCGCACCGCAAGGUGCUGCGCUUCUCCUUCCUCCUGCCCCGGGGGGGUGCUGCCGAGCUGGCGAAGCUGAUGGCGUCUGUGCCUUUCUUCAUUGACGCUGUGGGGAAAUUUCGACUCAGCGCCCAGGCCAAGAGCAAGGCAGAGGCACUGCGGGCAAAGGCAGCUGAGGUGGCACUGAGGGAGACGAAGGAGAAGAGGCAGGAGGAGUUGCAGCGGAGGAAGGAGGAGCGAAAGAAGGCAGAGGAAGCGAAGCUGAGCCCUGAGGAGCUGGCAAGGCGGCGAGAGAAGGAGAGGAUGAAGGAGCUAAAGCAGAGCGCACCGCGUGCCAAGAUUUCAAGGAUGCAUUGA